GACGGGAGGAGGGACGGGAGGAGGGAGGGCGGGCAGGCGCCAGCCCAGAGCAGCCCCGGGCACCAGCACGGACUGCCUCUUCCAGCCCAGGCACCCCCCACUCUUGCUCCAUUCGGCAGGAGCACCCAGUCCUGUACGCCAAGGAACUGGUCCUGGGGGCACCAUGGUUUCGGCGGCAGCCCCCAGCCUCCUCAUCCCUCUGUUGCUGCUCCUGGGGUCUGUGCCCACUACUGACACCCACUCUGUGCCCCUGAAGGCCACGUUCCUGGAGGAUGUGGCGGGUAGUGGGGAGGCUGAGGGCUCGUCGGCCUCCUCCCCGAGCCUUCCGCCACCCUGGACCCCGGCCCUCAGCCCCACAUCGAUGGGGCCCCAGCCCACAACCCUGGGGGGCCCAUCACCCCCCACCAACUUCCUGGAUGGGAUCGUGGACUUCUUCCGCCAGUACGUGAUGCUGAUUGCUGUGGUGGGCUCCCUGGCCUUUCUGCUGAUGUUCAUCGUCUGUGCCGCGGUCAUCACCCGGCAGAAGCACAAGGCCUCGGCCUAUUACCCGUCAUCCUUCCCCAAGAAGAAGUACGUGGACCAGAGUGACCGGGCCGGGGGCCCCCGGGCCUUCAGUGAAGUCCCCGACAGAGCCCCCAACAGCCGGCCUGAGGAAGCCCUGGAUUCCUCCCGGCAGCUCCAGGCCGACAUAUUGGCCGCCACUCAGAACCUCAAGUCCCCAACCAGGGCUGCACUGGGCGGUGGGGACGGAGCCAGGAUGGUGGAGGGCAGGGGGGCAGAGGAAGAGGAGAAGGGCAGCCAGGAGGGGGACCAGGAAGUCCAGGGACAUGGGGUCCCAGUGGAGAUACCAGAGGCGCAGGAGGAGCCAUGCUCAGGGGUGCUUGAGGGGGCUCUGGUGGCCAGUGAGGGUCAAGGGGAGCUGGAAGGGUCUCUCUUGUUAGCCCAGGAAGCCCAGCGACCAGAAGAUGCCCCCGAAAGCCCCUGUGCUUGCAGCAGCAUCCACCCCAGUGUCUAACAGUCCUCCCGGGCUGCCAGCCCUGACCGUCGGGGCCCCAAGUGGUCACCUCCCGGGGUAUGAAAAGGCCUUCGGCCCUGACUGCUUCCUGACACUCCCUCCUUGGCCGCCCUGUGGUGCCAAUCCCAGCAUGUGCUGAUUCUACAGCAGGCAGAAAUGCUGGUCCCCAGUCCCCCGGAGGAAUCUUACCAAGUGCCAUCAUCCUUCACCUCAGCAGCCCCAAAGGGCUACAUCCUACAGCACAGCUCCCCUGACAAAGUGAGGGAGGGCACGUGUCCCUGUGACAGCCAGGAUAAAACAUCCUUCAAGGCUGGGUGUGGAGGCUCACGCCUGUAAUCCCAGCAUUUUGGGAGGCCAAGUCCGGACAUCACUUGAGACCAAGAGUUCAAAACCAGCCCUGGCAACAUUGUGAGACCCAUCUCUAUAAAAACAAAAAACAGUCCACUAAAUCAGCCACGUCAAUUGGGAAUCAUAUGUCACAGGUCAUUCGUGCGGCAAACAUCACUACUUUUCCAUCAAGGGAGUAAAGAAUAAGUGGGAGUUUUGGAAGAGUUUGGAUGAGAGAUGCCGAGGUGCCCAGCGUUCAUAAGGCAACAUGCAGCCUGGCGUGAAGCAGUAUUUUGGAACUGCAAAUGGUUCCCAUCUUGUGUCCUUUCAAUGCUGAAUAUUUUAGUGUCAUUCUGCCUGUGCUCAGAGUUCCAGCAGCAGAAGUGGGUGUGGUUAAUUAGGACACGUCUGUGAGAGGACCCCUGCACACAUUACGACAGGUCCCUAAAUGAGUAUUUCCCAAACUAGGUUCCCCGAGGCAUUCUUCAGAAGCAAGAUUUUUUUUUUUUUCUUUUUCCUUUUUUUUUGAGACGGAGUCUCGCUCUGUCACCCAGGCUGGAGUGCAGUGGUACAAUCUUGGUGCAAUCUUGGCUCAGUGCAAUCUGCCUCCCAGGUUCAAGCGAUUCUCCUGCCUCAGUACCUGGGAUUACAGGUGCCUACCACUGCGCCCAGCUAAAUUUUGUAUUUUUAGUAGAGAUGGGGCUUCACCAUGUUGGCCAGGCUGGUCUGGAACUCUUGACCUUCAGGUGAUCCACCUGCCUCGGCCCCUCAAAGUGCUGGGAUUACAGGCGUCAGCCACCGCCCCGGCCCAAACUACUUUUUAAAACAGCUGCAGGGUAAAAUCCUGCAGCACCCACUCUGGAAAAUACUGCUCUUAAUUUUCCUGAAGGUGGCCCCCUGUUUCCGGUUGGUCCAGGAUUAGGGAUGUGGGGUGUAGGGCAUUUAAACCCUCUCAAGCGCUUCCCAAGCACCCCCUGCCUGGGGGUGAGUUUCUCAUCCCGCUACUGCUGCUGGGAUCAGGGUGAAUGAAUGGAACUCUUCCUAUCUGGCCUCCAAAGCAGCCUAGAAGCUGAGGGGCUGUGUUUGAGGGGACCUCCACCCUGGGGAAGUCCGAGGGGCUGGGGAAGGGUUUCUGACGCCCAGCCUGGAGCAGGGGGGCCCUGGCCACCCCCCGUCGCUCGCACAUUGUCUGGCAGCCUGUGUCCACAAUAUUCGUCAGUCCUCGACAGGGAGCCUGGGCUCCGUCCUGCUUUAGGGAGGCUCUGGCGGGGGGUCCUCUCCCCCAUCCCUCCAUCUGGGACUCCCCCAACCUCUGCACAGCUCUCCAGGUGCUGAGAUAUAAUGCACCAGCACAAUAAACCUUUAUUCUGGCCUGAA